AUGGACAAGUUCAACCCAUCCUUCAAGACGGAUAAAUUCCAGCUCUUUAAAACAUGGGAGUACAAAGACGCCGUUUUCUAUCGAAUGGCCACACGGACCAGCACUAUCGCAUACAUAGCUUCGUGGUUUUCUGAUGUGAAGGUGACAGUUGUUUUCCUUAAAAUUCAGUUACCGACUUUCACCGAAGCAUAUGAUGCGCUUGAGGCAGCUGGACAGAAAAUUGCCCUCUGGGAGACAAUUUCUGGAUGGGACAUUAUGCAUCUUUGCAGAACACAGCCAGAUAAGGUCCAGAUUGAUGUCAACGAAGUUGGCCACGAAAGGAUAUUCAUGAUUGCCUGGGCACCUCAAAGUGGAGACAAAGCAACACUGGAAGGGAUGCAGGAGUUUAUUAAUGAGAACUACGCUUUACAGCUUGCACAUGACCAUUUUGAAGGCGCUAUCAGGAGAAAAAUCUCAUCAGACUAG